CAAAAUGGAGCUCGGCUGCUUCAGUAACGUUGACAUGGAAGCCACCUUUCAGCAUGGUCCAGCAACCGGCUUUUGCCACAAUCCAGUUAGCGGUUUGGUUGUCGGUGCUCGUUACUAUCUUAACUUGCACCGCAACUUCUCCCACGCUAACUUGGAACCAUGCUGCAAAUUAAUGUUAAUUAGUAUUCUUUUUCAAUUAAUAACUUAGUGGUAGCAACAAAAAGUAAUUAAUUAAUGAACUACCUGAAACGGUGUACAGUAUGUCUCUGUCAACGUUGAAAGCCUGAGAAAGGCCGUCGGAGCGUGCCGUGUGAAUGUUGGAAACGACGGUGUAGCUAUUGCCGCACGCCGACUUGGCAGUAGCUAUUGUAGCAUUUCCAACUGCCGAUCCUCGACAACCAAGAAUACCAGAGAUGGUUCUUGGAGAAACGGUUCAAAUAUUCCUCUUUUGAAAACGAGCUCAAAUGGCAGUUCACCGAAAUCACCCCAGGGGUGGUGAACUACACGGUCCCGGAUGCGAUGCUGAAGUUUGCGAAAAAGCACCAUAUCACGCUCCGGGGCCACAACAUCCUAUGGGAAGACUCCAAGUACCAGGCACAGUGGCAGAAAAUGCUGUCGCCGGACGGGCUGUGCGAGGUAGCCCUCAAGCGAGUCAAGUCGGUAGUGACUAAGUACAAGGGGCAGUUCAUCCAUUGGGAUGUUAUCAACGAGAACAUGCACUACUCCUUGUACAGCAAUGUCACCAACAACGGCACCGACGUCUUCAGACUCCUCCGGCAGCUGGACCCUCAUCCCAUCCCCUUCCUCAAUGAAUUCAAUGUCAUUGAGGAUUGCAGCAUCCAGUCCAAAGCCAACCUCAGAGAAGGAGGCUACGGCGGUCCUCUAGGGAUUGGCCUCCAAGGCCAUUUCAUACUUGAGCCAAACUACCCCUUCAUCAGGGCGUCGAUUGAUAUGCUUCAUGCCACCGGAUUGCGCAUCUGGAUCACGGAGUUUGAUGUCAACACCCAGAAAAAUGCGUGGAUGGUUAAAUAUGUGGAGCCGCUGCUGCGCGAGCUUCACUCGCAUCCAUAUGUGAAGGGCAUUAUAAUGUGGGCGGCAGUGUGGCCCAAUAUCUCAUGCUUCAGGAUGUGCUUGACCGACAACGACUACAACAACUUGCCGGCCGGCGAUGCCGUCGACAAGUUCAUCACGGUGCCGGAUGCUAACUGGAAAACCGACCGCAGUGGCGCCUUUGAAGCUUCGCUCUUCCAUGGCGAAUAUGAGGCCAGCAUCACUCUCCCCGACGGCUCUCAACCUCCCGCUCCACAGACGUUUAAUCUUAAGCCUCGCAGAGACGUGUCCGUUGUUAGGUUCAAGACUCCUUCAUGAGAAUCUAUGUUACUUUGUUGUAAAUGGACGCUGUAGCAUCUUAAUCAAAUUCCACUAUCUUAAUUUCAUGGCCUUAUUUACUUAUA